ACAAGCCUCUCCAGCUAUCGCUCCCUUCCCAUCUCACCUCCUUUCUCCCCCACCCCCCUAUAAAGUUGGCUUGCUUUAUCUGCCUUUCUGUCUCGCUCACACCAUCUCCCUCCUCCAUCUUUCCCACUUUUCCCUUCUGGUCCCCAUCCAAACCCCUCAAGAAUGUCCAGCAGAAGGUCCAGGAUCACCGAGGAGGAGAUCAAUGAGCUCAUCUCCAAGCUCCAGUCUGUGCUCCCUGAGGCCCGCCGACGAGGUGCGAGCAGGGCUUCGGCGUCGAAGCUCCUGAAGGAGACAUGCAACUACAUCAAAAGCCUCCACCGGGAGGUCGACGACCUCAGCGACCGCCUCUCGGACCUCAUGGCCUCCAUGGACACCAACAGCCCCCAGGCCGAGAUCGUCCGGAGUCUCCUUCAGUCUUAAGUAUCAGAGCUAGCCUUAUUAUCGCUAUAUCCUAAUGUGCAACUUGGAAGCUUAGGACUAGACUAGAUGUAGCAUUAGGCGCUGCUUUUCUUUCUCUAUUUCUUUCUUUUCCAUGUACAAUAUUUCUUCGAGGUUUUUGGCUCGAGUUGUCUCCCCUAGCAACCGACCAACAACCGCUGCCGAGGAAUCUCAUGUAAUCCAUCCUGUUCUACUUCUCCUCCUCCUACUACUACUACUCGGUCCGUAUGCUUUAUUUUA